ACGCUGCGCUGCCGGCGUUCAGUCGAAUUGGAAGUCGAUCGCGGCGCGUAUUUUAGCUCCAGGCGCUUUUUUCACUCAAUAGCCAACAAACGAUCGACCACGACGCAGUUGCUGUAAGGUACUCAAAAUGAAGGGAUCGACGCUGGACAAAAUCUGUGCCUUUCUGGGCGAACUCAUCGGCACCGGAAUCCUUGUCUUCCUGGGCUGUAUCGGUUGCGUCAGCUCGCCUCUGUUUGCCAACAGCCAUCUGCAGAUUAUCCUGAAUUUCGGUUUCGCCGUCUUGAUUGCCAUCCAGUGCAUUGGAUGUGUUUCCGGUGCCCAUAUCAAUCCUGCCGUGACUGUGGCUGCCUUAAUCUACGACAUGAUCACCUUGAAGAUGGCCCUGGUCUACUUUGUGGCCCAGUUGCUGGGUGCAUUUAUUGGCUACGGACUCCUCAAGCUGCUCUUACCUGCUAAUGUAAUUGAUGUUGGAAAUGGUCUUUGUGUGACCAAACCCCACGUGGACGUUACUGUUACCCAGGCCUUUGGAAUCGAGUUUGUCAUCACCUCCAUUCUGAUUCUGGUGUGCUGCGGUGUCUGGGAUCCUCGCAAUGCCAAAUUCCACGACUCUGUGCCCAUUCGUUUUGGCCUGGCAGUUGCCGGUUUGGCUUGUGCUGCUGGUCCCUUCACUGGCGCCAGCAUGAACCCUGCCAGGUCCUUUGCCCCCGCCCUCUGGAACACUCACUUCGAACACAACUGGAUCUAUUGGAUUGCUCCCUUGACCUCCGCCGCCAUCACCGCCUACGCCUACAAGAUCGUCCUCCGUCGUGAGGUCGUCCAGGCGGAGACGUCCGCCGAUGAGAAGCUGCGGGAGAUCCACUAAUAACCACCAAAGACAUUGCUGUAGGCAAAACACACACAAAGCCUUAACUAAUUUACAUUUAAGCUAAGAUGCCGAAUUUUAUACUAAAUGCAUUCAUUUUACGAUACUAAAUAUGAUUAAGUUCUGCCUUAAUUGCUUUCAAAUAAAGUACAUCGAGAUUUAUAAAAUA